AUGCCAUCGCGUCGUGCCCAUAGUAAAUCCCGGCAUGGCUGUCUGCAAUGCAAGCAGCGACGAGUGAAGUGCGAUGAGCACCAACCAAUCUGCUUGCGAUGCAAAACCAAACGUCUACCCUGUAGUUAUCGAGCAGUGUUGACAGCCUCUUCCUCCACCCCUCCCGAAACCGGAACAGCGAGCACAGCCUCUACCUUACCGGAGACGACCACUACGAUCCUCACGCAACCACCACUCCCCUGCGAGGCUGAGCCCUCCCUCAACCCCCAGGAUCUAGAACUAAUGGUGCAAUGGUGCACGCACACGUAUGCGACCCUUUCUCGAAACCACGCCGUGGAAUGGAUCUGGAAAUCUGUCAUCCCCCGAAGGGCGGUCCACGAUCCCGCGCUGAUGCACGGCAUCCUCGCCCUCUCCGCACUGCACCUGGCAUUCCUCCACACCCAUCCCCGGCGCAAGGACUACCUCGACAUCGCGCAGUGGCAUCACCACAAAUCCAUCUCCGGCGUCCGCAGCAUCGAGGCUCUUAGCGAGGCCAACGCCAGCGCAGCCUACGCCCUCUCCAACAUCAUCAUCAUCUUCACCUUUGCGCUGCCUCUACUCAGUGGUAACAGCGGCGGAGGGGAAGGGCAGCCCUCGACCCCGUACGACGAAUUACUCCAGAUCUUCCAUAUGAGCCGUGCCUCGCUGAAGAUCUUAGUCGCAGUCUCCGAAUGGGUGCAAGCAAGCGACCUAGCGAUCCUCGCCACGGCCGCCCCAGUCGGGCAAUCGAGCGCCCAUACUCGGACGUCCACGUUGCCAGCGUUCCUGGACGUGGCCCUCCGAGAACUUGCCUUGCUGAAUGGCCGCUUGGGGGAGGAUAGUUCGCAUCAUCCCAGCGAAGUGUAUGGGCCAGUCAUCCGCCAACUCCGGGUGGCAUUUGAAAGUACCCCAAGCGAGAGUAAGGAUGGGAUCAUCACAGCGCUCUUCUGGUGGAUCUUUGGCCUUUCAUCGGAGUUCUUGGAUCUUCUGGGCGAGAGGGAGCCGUUUGCGAUGGUAAUUCUGGCCAUUUUCUGUACGUUAAUGCACCGCCUGCGCGGGCAGUGGUGGAUGGAUAACUGGGCGGAGAAGGUGGCCCGGGAUAUCCGUGGAUCCUUGGAUCCCUCGCUAGCGAGCUUUGUGCCCUGGGGACUCUGUUUUGAAGACCGAUGA